AUGAAGCGGGACCCAGGUCGUUUGGAUCCCCCUUUACUCGUCCCAGCCGUCUCCUUUGACAGCUUUCACGUUGACCAACAAGACCGUAAGAUGAUCCCGCACGGUUCUUCCCCCCAGGGGUGGGAAAAUGGGUCUCCACGCAAUCCACCACCCAAUUCGAACCUCGCCAUUCACACCCUGGAGGAGGCCACCCAACCGACGUGUAGUGCCAUCAGCGAUGGGGUUGGCUUACACGGGGGCUACACCCUGAAUGACUCCUGGGGACUUCUCCUCUCCGAGAGUGCAAGUCUGAAGUGUACUUUUCGCAAAACCACCAUCACAGUCGGUCGGGAUCCGUUCUGCGAUAUCGUUUUGGACGAUCCGCGGGUUAGCCAAAUCCACUUCGCCGUCGCGGUGGCGGUGGAGGUCGACAUCGCGGCCUUUUCACCCAAACCAAAGGGAACGGACCACCCGACACCGGCCCAUGCGACUUCGGCAAAAUGUGAACCUCCUUUGGUACAAAGGGAAGGACAUUUAGGUUUGGAAUCGGGGGAUAGGCUAUUAAUUGGUGAUGAUCAAUACCCAAAGGACAAUGAGGAUACCGAUUCCUGCGCGUUAUCGCAAGUUUCUGUCGAAUCGCAUGGCUACAACAAUCUAAACCAUACUCGUUGUGAGCAAAUGUGGGAUGAGGAACCUCAUAAUGUGGUCAAUCCCUUCGACGAGGUUGAAGACCAAAAUGAUGAGACUCAACCAACGUGUGAAAUGAACACUACGGCAGCGACGAAUAUCAGAUUUCGAGUUGUUCUAACUGACCACAGCACCAAUGGAACCUUUGUGAACGAUAUCCGUGUUGGCAGAGGGCGAAAAAUUGAGCUCCAAACGGGUUUUGACAUUGCGAUUGUUCGCCUUCACGAAAAGCGCAACAAUGAAUACGGCGAAGAUGAUAGAAUAGAAAAUAUUGCGAAACUUCAAUACAAGGAGAACGAUGCAAACAUAGGAGCCCCAGAGGAAGCCGCUGAUAACGCUUGUGAAGUGAGAAACUCGUCGACAAACAAGCUGUGGAGCAUUACCAAUUCUCACAGCUACUUGGAGCACUUUUUCUUCCACCCUUAUCCAACGCCAAAAUCUCUACCAGUCACGCCCAGUCCGCCCAAGCACAGCGUUACGCCCGAGUUAAGUUCGAAAUCUGAGGAGGAAAACUCAAAAUUAACUGAAAUAGAAGAAAAGGGACAUAGUGCUAAGCUCAGUGAUGGGUGCAUCGCGCCAGGCGAAGAAAUUCCACCAACUAUCCAUGAACUCAAUCUUCCUUCCACAGAGGAUGCGGUUCAGCAAAAGGCUAAAGCCUUAAAGCUAGCCCCCAAAGAACCAGCUGAGCCUUCCAACCAAAUUAUGCGAAGCUUAGGGGAAAGGAGGGUGCUCAGAUCCAAGAAGGGCUGGACAAAAACUACCAUUCAUCCCUCUGGUAACUUCUUUAUGCCAAUCACCCCUAUGCCCGAUUUACCACGCUUUUAUAAUCAAUACCCUCCCGCUUCCGCACCUUCGGGCGCGACGACGCUACGCCGCUUUGUCAAUUCAUCUGGGGAUGGAAACCUCGCGGAGUGCACGAUUCUCCCCCUUUACAACAAAUAUUACGGCGCCCCGAGCUACGUCGUCAUGCCAUUGAGAAAAAUUCAGUGGGGGAAUUGUAUCGGCUCGGGCGCCAACAGCGACGUCUACUUGGGUAUUGACAUCCUCACCGGGAUGAUGUUAGCGGUUAAAGUUCUAAAACAAGUCAACUCACUGCAAACCACGUCGGUGACCCCGGACCACACCUCCUCUUCUUUGACUUGCCACAUGAAUCCAACUUUGAAAGACUUUGAGGAUGACGACAAAGUCAAGGAUUGCAAGAACGUAGAGUCAGGUGAUAGCUACAACAAUGCGAUAAAAAAGGAUCAUGAGCAACCAUCAGUGUUCUGUUCUUCUGUCGACACACAAAAAAUCCCAUGCGGAACACACGAAAAGAAGAAAACGUCAAAGGAAGCUCAUUGCAAAGAGAACAGGGUUUUUAACUCCCUUGACUUGAGAGUGGACGACUCUAUCGACACCACAAGCCCCGCAACAACACGAAAAGAGGAAACAGUACUUGAGAGACCAGAAUCCGAAAAAGUAAAGACGAAAAACAAAGAAAGAAUCUGCGAGAAUAACGGAAAAGGCUCUUUGGCGACGUCGAUGGAACCUACUAUGGCAUCAGUGUGCACAUUUUCACAGUUAUCAACUUUGCCUAGUGGAGAAAUGGUUGAUAACCAAAAAGAACCUGGCAAUGGUAAUGUUCAAGAACCACUAGAGAUGAACUCGUCGGCAGACCCUGUCCACUACCAAGCGGAAGAGUGCCAAGUUUCCGAGCGUACGGAAGAAGACUACUGUUUAAGCAAUAUACUGGAUAUUCAAUGCUCCCAUAUUCGUGAACUAUGUGCGCUCAGUAAACUACGGCAUCAACGAAUCGUGCAAUGUUUGGGGUUUCAACAGGAUCCGAAUAGGGGGUUUUGCAUCAUCAUGGAGUAUGUCGCCGGAGGGACGCUUCAGUCUCUCAUUAAAUGUUUUGGUGCCUUUGAGGAGAACGUAAUUAGGCUUUACACUGUUCAGAUCCUCGAAGGGUUGGAGUACCUAAAGAGCUGCAAUGUGGUUCAUGGGGACCUGAAAAGUGCCAACAUCCUCGUUUCGGAUCGGGGAAAUGUGAAGUUGGCGGACUUCGGCACAAGCCACAUCACCCGUAAGUAUGCCGCGAAGGACCUGGCGCAUUCUCAAGGGAGGCAUCUUUCGAGCAAUCAACUUCCCGAGAAUAGCUAUGACGAUAACAAUGAGGUAACCAAGCUUUGUGGGACACCGCUGUACAUGAGCCCGGAACUAAUACGCACCCAGGUGCUAUCACACGCCUCAGAUAUUUGGGCUUUGGGGUGCAUCGUAUAUGAAAUGGCGACGGGUGGUAUUCUUCCCUGGCGAGAAGUACAUCACUGCGAUCCCAUUGCAGUUAUUUUUCAUAUUGGCUCCAAAUAUGGCUGCUCACCGUCAUUAGAGGAUAUCUAUAAGGCAAGAACCUUCAUGAACCCACAUACCGAUCAUGAAAAAUGUAAAGAUGACACUCAAACCUCUAUAAACCUGAUAACACAGAAUCAUGAAUAUUCUUCCGAUAAAUCAAAUGCUUGUGAAGGUAAUGAACUCGUUUCGAGGGGACAGGUGAUCCCUGACGUAAGCUGUGGGACCAAAACUCCAUCACCCGCUUUUAUUGAUUUUAUUAACGUCAUGUUUACAGCAAACCCGGCUCAGCGACCAACCGCGACGGAGCUCCUGCAGCACCCUUUCAUCUCUAAUGAACAUGACCCUGACGCACUGAAUCUCUGGCGGAAGCCCAUAAACGGCACCGUGAGCUUAAUUCAAAAUGAUAUCCCUUCCGGCGGUAGUGGCAAUUCUGUAUGGGAUUUCCUCAACGCGACGCAGCUCGCUCCGUCGAAAUUCCCCUUGCCACCUUUGCGGUCGGUUCCAGCUUCACCGGUGUUGUCCUCGCCACCAUCAGAAGCCAUGGCGACCAACUAUACCAAGCCCGCCCCAAUGGUUAAUAACACAGACAGGGCAGAGAUGCCAUCCACAGUCGGGCAUGAACCCCCAAGUGAGCGCGAAAUCAUUGACAAAAGCGAUAAUGGUAGUAGUCCUACUGCCGAGACACAAGUCGCCUCUUGCCUACCGCCCUAUCCGGUGCUGCAUCCGAGCAUCGGGACGGGAUCCGUCUUGGAGCCCCCCGGAAACUCCUCAGUUUCCUUGGAAAGCCGUCAAAGAAGGGGUGGCCUGAUCAACCGCGUAGCUCCCUCCCACUCUACGAUAUCUCAAACUUGUCAACUCACUCCAAUACACCCACCACCGUUAGUUCCUACCGCAACGUUGUGCAAGUCGUUAUCCCAUACUUUUCUGCCACACACAUUGGAAUCAACACAAAAUCCCGAGAUGCAAACCCCAACUCGAUGGGGUACAUAUCAAUUAGAGCAGGAUAGAGACAGCGCCAGUCAAAACCAGGUGACGUCGAGCACCAUGCAUAUUAAUCAAAUGGUACCUUCCCACAGUGUGGCCUCGGACCAAAAUAACUCUUUGCAAUCCGUCCCGAAGGAUGCAUUCAAAAAUUCAUUCAUAAACAUUGGCAAGUCUGUAAAUUUGGAUAGAAAAGAGUGUACAUCUCAGCGUUAUCCAUCUUACUCACCGGUAUUCCGUUCACACGUGAACUACAUCCGCAACCAAUCGCGUCUAAGAGUACUCCAGCUUCAGCUUCAAAGUGUAAGGCUCUUUAAGUCUUUGAUUCACAAUAAUAAUGCCUCUUCAAAGCCUCAUCAAAAUAUAAUUAAGCCAUUACAAGAAGAUUCCACUAUAUGGCUUCCACCAAGCUACGAUGAAACGAUGCAUAUGAAAAAGAUGAACGAGGAGAACUGCUCUCGUAGUGUGAAUCAAAAUAGCCCAUAUUUUAUCCCACAAGGGCUUGCAAAUACAAACACGCUAGGUUGCCACACAAACGCCAGUGCUGACGGCAGCGCAAUCUAUCAUUCAUACUCUCCUCAGUUUAAUACCCAAGCAAACAUGCGGGAUUCACCUUUAACGACUCCGACGGCUCUUCAUCCCAUGACGAAUGUUCCACCUACCAAACGUAAAGCCCAACCGGUCCCGUCAAUGGCCAUUCCCGAGGCCGGGAUACUCCAUUCGAUGGCGUCUUUACAACAACCCCCGGGGGCCGGUCAGCACCCUGAAGAACACCGCCCCCAUUCGCAUAGCCGGAAUCGACCCCACGAACACCGCGCGGACGCCGCCGAUAACGGUCGUGGUCCCAGCGCGCCGAUUCAUAACGAAUCAAGUGGGACUUUUGCGCGGGUGGAGUCGCGCGCCCCCGGUGGGGGUUCUUUUUUAUCGACCACCCUCUCCCCCGCGGCGUCGCGAUCGAUAGGUCGGCAGCCGGUGUAUCCUGCGCCGCCGUUCGUCGACUCCUCGGGCGGAAUCACCACAGCGCAUGCCUCGCCCCCUUCGGUCUGCGGUGUUUGCCCCGCGCAGUCGUUUAGUGAGCCCACCGACCACCCUUUAACGAUCAAUGAUCCCGCGGUAGGGGUGUUAGGGCCCGUGGAGACGUCCUCCAAAGCCUCAUCCCAUGCAUCCCCGCAGGUCGUGGCAAAACGAAAACGACGGCUGCAAAAUCACUCUAGAGUUACGCGGCGCCGUUCUGAACAGGGCAGUAAUUCAUUAAUUCAAAAGGAUCCGCAAUCUCGAUCAAGAACGAGGAAUUAA